AUGACCAAAAAACUCCUUGCUUCUAAUAAGGCUUCUGGUAGUAGUAUGACAGUACUCUCCUCCAUGGAGAAGAAAAUCGCCUCCUAUUUGAUCCUGUUAUCGAAAGGUCAGCCCAAAAACGAUAAUACUACGACAGUUGGAGCUAGUAUUUUCAAGUGUACCAGCUGCCAUAAGGUUUUCACUUCGUAUCAGGCAUUAGGGGGUCACAGGGCAAGUCAUAAGAACUUAAGGGGCUGUUCUGCAAUUAAUGAUAAAUGUAGUCCCAGUACUUCCACUACUAUUCCAGCUAUAGAGAGUACGGCUGAAGAGGCUCAAACGACAAUGUUUUGCCAAAAACGACAAGUACAUGAUCAGAAUCAUGAGUCUCCCUCUGGUGAUCAACCAAGCUGCCCUAAAACUAGGGUUGAAGAAGUUCAUGGCUUCCGUGGUAUUGGGAUAGACUUGAAUAAACCGCCACCAAUGGAGUCUGAUGAUGAUGGUGGUGGGGUUAUUCUCCAAAUAAUUUAG